AUGGGAUCACAUUUCACAUGUCAAAACCCCGUUACUGUUGUGGCUGUGUGUGACGUUGAUGUGCAAGCUCCGGUGAAGGUUUACUGGCACAAGAAUGAGGAGUGUUUAGUUACUAGUAGACAAGCAUUAAACAAAGAAGAAGAAAGUACGUUUUUCUUAGAGUAUCAUGCAGUUGCUUCUGCUUAUUGGCUGAGGUCUCAAUUAAUGCUCAAUUUGGGUUAUGCACAAACAGAAGAAGUCAAGCGGGAGAGCGAUGAUCAAAAAGACCAAAAUAUCGAAAACUCAGGAGCUAAUGUAGAGGUUGAAGAUUCUGCUUGGGUGGCUAAGAUUGAUAGGAACAUGAGCCAGAGCUCUGUAAGCAUAAUAGAAGACGAAGAAGAUGAAGAUGUUCAAGGGAAGUUAGAAAUCGGCCCUCGACGCACCCUUAAAGAACAGUAUGAAGCUGAUAAGGACGAUGAAAGCUUGAUGAGAUGGAAAGAACAACUUCUUGGAUCUGUGGAUAUUAACGCUGUUGCAGAAACUCUAGAUCCAGAAGUCAAGAUUUUGAGCCUUGCUAUUGUAUCUCCUGGUAGACAGGAUUUGGUUCUUCCAAUUCCUGAUAAUGGAAAAAUCAAAGGAACAUGGUUUACACUUAAAGAAGGAAGUCGUUACACUAUCAAAUUCGCUUUCGAAGUUCAUAACAACAUUGUAUCGGGCCUCAAGUACACCAACACUGUUUGGAAAACUGGUCUCAGAGUUGACAAGACGAAAGAAAUGAUUGGCACUUUUAGUCCUCAACAAGAGCUUUAUACCCAUGAAAUUCCAGAAGAUACUACGCCUUCUGGUAUACUUGCUAGAGGAUCAUAUUCUGCCAAAACUAAGUUCCUUGAUGACGAUAAUAAGUGUUACUUGGAUUUGAACUAUACAUUCGACAUCAGAAAAGACUGGCAAUUGUCUUGA